UCGAAAAAUUCGUCAUACACAAGAUAACUAAAUUGACGCAUUAACAUUUUUUUGGAUUAAAAACACAAAAGUCAUGCAGGAGCAGAGCCCAGAACUGUACGAGGAGGUGAAGCUGUUUCGCAAUGCUCGCGAGCGUGAGAAGUACGACAACAUGGCCGAUUUGUAUGCCAUCAUCAACACAAUACAGCAGCUCGAGAAAGCAUAUAUCCGGGACUGCAUUACACCACAAGAGUACACAGCGGCUUGCUCCAAGCAUCUGGUGCAGUACAAAAUAGCCUUUAAGCAGGUGCAAUGCGACGAUUUCCCCACAGUGGACACAUUUGUAAAGAAGUUUCGCUUGGAUUGCCCAGCGGCGCUCGAACGGAUACGUGAAGAUCGUCCCAUCACAAUACGCGACGACAAAGGAAACACAUCCAAAUGCAUUGCUGAGAUUGUGUCUUUGUUUAUUACAAUAAUGGAUAAGCUGCGCUUACAAAUCAACACAAUGGAUGCGCUGCAACCAGACGUUAAGGAUCUGGCGGACAACAUGAGUCGCCUAUCGCUCAUUCCCGAGGACUUUGAUGCUAAACAAAAGGUGGACAAGUGGCUGAGCACGCUGAACGAAAUGCAAGCAUCCGACGAGUUGACCGAGGCGCAGGUGCGACAAAUCUUGUUUGACCUGGAGUCGGCCUAUGCGGACUUUAAUAAGCUUCUACACAGCCAGUAGCUUUUAGUUGUUAGUGUUGUCGGCACACAAAGUAACGGGAGAGAGAGAGCUCUCUCUCUUUGUGCUGUGUGAGCCUUAUAUAUUACUCUCAUUAGUGUGUAAUAAGCAAAAGAGCAAAAUAAAGAGACAGUGCAGUUUGCAUUUGUUUGGAUUUAAUCG